ACUGGCAGAAUUCUUGCCAAACGUGUAUCUUCGAUCCGUCUCGAUCUACGAUCGCGUUACGAGUGCAAUAGGUAGGAAUGGAGUUCGGGGUGGGCAGUGUUGCUCAGAUAUCAGCAGAACUUGCUCAAGUGGUAGAGGUGAUGAUGUCACCAGUUGUACCACAACAGCAACGUUUGGAAGUAUAUAAUGCUUGUGAAAGAUUUAAAGAAACAUCUCCCCUAUGUGCACAAUGUGGAUUAUAUCUAGCCCAGAAAGCUCCAAACAGAAGUUCUGUAGUACGUCAUUUUGGACUUCAACUUAUGGAACAUUGUAUUAAAUAUCGAUGGACACAAAUAUCUCAAUCGGAAAAAAUAUUUAUAAAAGAAAAUGCAAUGAAAUUGCUUCAAGAAGGCACAGAACCAUUAUUACAAGAGGAAGCACAUAUCAAAGAUGCACUUUCUCGUGUUGUGGUAGAAAUGAUUAAAAGGGAAUGGCCACAACAAUGGCCUACACUCCUAGCAGAACUCAGUCAAGCUUGUACAAGGGGUGAAAGUCAAACAGAGUUGGUCCUUCUAGUGUUUUUAAGACUUAUAGAAGAUGUUGCACUUUUACAAACUUUGGAGUCCAAUCAAAGAAGAAAGGAUAUAUAUCAAGCACUUACUACAAACAUGGCUGAAAUUUUUAGUUUUUUUUUAAGAUUAAUGGAGCAGCAUAUUUCAGAAUUUCAAAAGAAAAGCAGUUUAGGUUGUACAUCUGAGGCAGCAGCACACAGUAAAGUUGUACAGGUAGUAUUAUCUACACUAACUGGGUUUGUGGAAUGGAUUUCAAUCAAUCAUGUCAUGGCUGAAGAUGGUAGAUUACUACAAAUAUUAUGUCUUUUGUUGGGAGACCCAAUAUUUCAGUGUUCAGCAGCUGAAUGUUUAUUACAAAUUGUAAAUCGUAAAGGAAAAGCUGAAGACAGGAAACAGUUGAUGAUUUUAUUUUCUGAAGAUGCUUUGAGAUAUAUUUAUACAGCAGCAACUGCAGCACCUCCUGUUACUGGAACAAACGAAUUUCAUGAAAAUCAUUACUUGUUUUUAAAAAAACUGAUACAGGUGUUAACUGGAAUGGCAACUCAAUUAUGUACACUUUGGGGCAAAGAUGAUAGCUCCAGCAUUCGACCAACACAUUUCAAUAUAUUUUUAGAUACUGUAUUGACUUUCACCAUGUAUUCAAGUUUAACAUUAACUCACAUGGCAAAUGCAAUCUGGAUAAUGCUGUAUAAACACGAGCAGAUAAAGCAAGAUCCAUUGUUAUUAACUUACAUACCAAAAUAUGUAGAAAAUACAGCGCCAAAGAUUAUAAAAGUCGUAUAUCCACAAGGUAGACAAGCUAAUGGAAUGAGUGCAUAUUGUCUCGCGGACUAUGAUUCGGUAGAAGAAUUCAAUGUUUUUUAUCAUCGGUUCAGAAGUGAUUUAUUGGAAGGAUUUCGACAAGCAACAAUGGUAGCACCACUAGUAACAUUUAGUUAUGUACAACAGUGGUUAACAGCUAAAAUAACAAAGGGUAUAGCAGACCUUCGAUAUCAAAGUGAUCAGAAUGAUCCACAAUAUCUUGAAUGGGAAGCUCUUGCACAAGCGUUAGAUUCGGUUGUAUCAAGAAUUCUUCUGAUCAACGAACGACCAAGUGUACAAACUGGCCUUCAAUUAUUGGAAUUAUGUCUCGGUUAUUCUCCACAAGAUCCUUGGGUGUUAUCUGCGCUACUUUCUUGCAUCAGCGCUCUUUUUGUAUUCUUAUCUAUGUCAACUGGUUCAAUGGCUAUGCCAGGAGUAGCUAUCCUACCUAGAGUCCUGGAGAAGAUCUUUGCUGCUCUGGUAUUUGAAGCACCUGGUGAAACAAAGGGUACUCGAUCUAAAGCAGCAAAGAAUGUAAGACGACAUGCAGCUAGUCUCAUGAUUAAAAUCAGUCUGAAAUAUCCACUACUGCUCCUUCCAGUUUUCGAACAAAUACAUACGAUGGUUCGUGGUUUAGCAAUAGAGCCUAGUCCAUUAUCUAAGAUGGAAACUACUUUGCUGUAUGAAGCACUGUUAUUAAUAUCAAAUCACUUUUGUGAUUAUGAAAGACAAACGAGAUUCGUUGCCGAAAUAAUUGGUGAUGCAUCAGCAAAAUUUAUCGCGCUUGGAUCCGAAUCGUUUAAAGGGCCACUUGAAUUAAUGAGAUUUGUAGGUUUGGACCGAUCACCCGUUGAAAAUGUUACGGAAGACCCAGCAUGUCAAAAUCGAAGCGACUUAAUGAUUUGCAUUUGUACGAUAUUGUGUGUUGUGAAACGGUGUUCCAUCCCGGAUGAUCCAGAUCGUGCUGCAAGAGGCAGUUUUGUAGCUGCACUUAGCGAAAGUGGAAAUCCGAUAUACAGAAAUCCUGCUACACCACAUGUGAUUCCAGUAUUGCCAACACUUUUUGCAUUGCUCAGAACGAUGAAUGCUCUAUUUACGCCUGCUGCUUUAGCAGCUUUAUCGGAGGGAUACAAAAAUGCUCACGAAUUGUUGGAAGUAGAAAAAGCGUAUUUGUUAGGUUUAAAUAACACAAACGAUAAUGAACGAGUUUCUGAACCUGACCAAACUUCGCUUACGGCUUUAAUUCGAAUGCAAUCGUUUCUCAAUACUAUUCAUGAUAUAUGCUAUCAUAUGCUAGGCAGCGGAUGUCAUAUGAUUGGGAGAGAUUUCUACCAGUUACCUGGCUUAGCACCGGCACUUAUUAAUUCAGUUUUCUCUAAUAUGGAGAUGAUCCCAGAUUAUAGAUUACGACCAAUUAUACGCGUUUUCAUGAAGCCAUUUAUAUACUCUUGUCCACCUGCAUUUUAUGAAAGUGUUCUAGUACCUGUACUGGCCCAUGUUUCCACGCAUAUGUGCCAAAGGUUAAGUGCGAAGUGGCAGUAUAUCGCACAUCUCUAUGAAUCUGGUGGUUUAGAUGAAGAAAAUACCGACACACAAGAAGUUAUUGCUGAUAUGUUAAAUCGAAAUUUGACGAGAGACUUUGUGGAUGUGUUGAAAGUAGCUCUUGUUGGUGGUGCUGCCAGCGAUGCAACACCUCCUGAUAUUAUGGAACAAGACAGUGGAGGCAUGGCCGUAGAUCCUCCUUCGUCGCGUGGAAAUUGCAUAGUCGCUGAAGUAGUUAGCGAGUUAGGAACUGUUGUUCUUCGUCACCCGUCUACGUGCCACAGUGUUGUUUUAUGUGUUUUAGGGGCUUUAGCUUGGAACGAUUCAAAUGCCAGUUUGAAGGCUACAACGUUAACUGGGCCUGUUGUACGAGCAUUAGCCGCUGAUGGCAGCUUAACACCUGCCAUGGCAGCACAUAUUAUGGUAGCUAUUCUUCAAGGCUUACAACUUCACGGACAACACGAAGCCAAUCAAGGUUCUUUGAUAACCUUGGGUGCACAAGUUUACGAAUGCCUACGACCUAAAUUUCCGAAUAUCAUUGAGGUAAUGCAGAAAAUUCCGGGCGUUAAUCCUACGGAUUUACAACGUUUCGACGAAAAGAUGGCUGUAGUUAGUACUAAGGGAAAUAAAGUUGAAAAGGGAAAGAAAGAUCUAUUUAAGAAAAUCACAAAUCAGCUUAUCGGUCGAAGUGUUGGUCAGUUGUUUCGCAAGGAAGUUAAGAUAGAUAAUUUACCACGAAUAGAAGUUUUUGGAAACAACAGACAACGAGCAAUACGCGUGGAUGAAGUAUCUGAGAAUUCGACUGAUAGCGGGUUCGCAGCUUUGUUUGCAGGACCUACGUAG